AAAUACAUAUCUUUUUUUUUUUUUUUUUAAAGAAGUACAUCCGUGUCUUAAAAUGGAGGAAACAGACCAGACACAAGUCGCGGUGCCGGAGUCGAGCAGUGAGAGACCGAAGAGAAAAGCGAGCUGUAAGAGAAAGUCGAGUGUCCUCGCGCCGGAUCCUUCCUCCCCCGAGAACAACAACAACAGCAGCCAGCGUAGGCCUUCUCUGAGAAGGGGAAGUUCUUUCAGCUUUCUUACACCCGGCCCUCAGUGGGACUUCACUUUGAAACGUAAACGCAGAGAGAAAGAUGACGAUGCGGUCAGCCUGUGCAGCUUUGAUUUUAAGGAACCCAGUAAUAAGCGCGUGCGGCCACUGGGCCGAGUCACCUCGCUGGCGAACCUCAUCUCUCCCGUGAAGAAUGGGGCCGUCCGGCGCUUUGGUCAGACCCUGCAGGCUUCACUGCGGGGCGACAUGCGCUCCCCGGGCGUGCCCCAGCACAAGGCAGGCAGCAAGGCUGCUGCACCCACACCACCCAAACGCCGUAACAGCACCCUCUGGUCCGAAACCCUGGACGUACACCAAAAAGGAACUUUCUCCAUGAAGGAGAUAAAGAGACAAGAGGCCAUAUUUGAGCUGUCUCGAGGAGAGCAGGACCUGAUUGAGGACCUCCAGCUCGCCCGCAAGGCAUACCAUGACCCAAUGUUGAAACUGUCAAUCAUGUCUGAAGAGGAGCUGACUGCCAUCUUCGGAGAUUUGGAUGCUUACAUCCCACUUCAUCAUGAUCUGUUGGGACAGCUGGCCACAGCAACUUGCCCUGACGGGACUGUUGAAGAGAUCGGCCAGAUUGUAGUCAACUGGCUGCCCAGAUUGAACGCGUACCGGGCAUACUGCAGCAACCAGUUGGCAGCCAAAGCCCUGCUGGAUCAGAAAAAGCAGGACCCAAAAGUGCAGGACUUCCUACAGCGCUGUAUUGAGUCACCCUUCAGCAGGAAGCUGGACCUGUGGAGCUUCCUCGACAUCCCCCGAUCACGGCUGGUCAAAUACCCGCUCCUGCUGAAAGAAAUCCUCAGACACACACCACCCGAACACCCAGACACCGCCAACCUUGAAAAAGCUGUCAGCAUUAUUCAGGAUGUACUGGCUGACAUUAACGUGAAGAAAGGCGAGUCGGAGUGCCAGUACUACAUUGAUAAACUGGAGUACCUGGACGACAAGCAGAAAGAUCCACGCAUAGAGCAGUGCAAGAGCCUGCUGUGCCAUGGCGAGCUCCGCAACAAGAGUGGCACGAAACUGCAUGUGUUCCUGUUUACUGAAGUGCUUGUCCUGACACGGCCUGUGAUGCGGAACGAACGGCAGUGUUUCCAGGUUUACCGUCAGCCCAUUCCAGUGCAGGACCUGGUGCUGGAGGACCUGCAGGACGGAGACGUACGCAUGGGAGGGUCCUUCAGAGGGGCUUUCAGCAAUUCGGACAAAGCCAAGAACAUCUUCCGUGUGCGUUUCCAGGACCCAGCGCAGGGUCAGUCACAUACACUUCAGGUCAAUGACAUCUUCCACAAGCAGCAGUGGCUCAACUGCCUGCGCACUGCCAUGUCUGUCAUCCAGAGCGAUGUCCCCACGGUAUGCUCCGAACGUCGCUCCUCCACAGCCUCCACAGUCGUCCACAUGGAGGAGACGGACGAGAACCAACCUCAAAGCCAAGAGCCUCCCAGUCCCACACCUUCCACCACCUCUACGUCAUCCUCCUCGUCCUCGUCCUCCACAUCAUCUAGUUCACCGAGGAAAUCUAAAAAGGACAAACGCAUCAUCUGUUCUCUGGGCAAAAGGAAGGAAACCAUGGUGUAGAAAGCUCUCAGGCUCUACACGGACUAUAAGCUCAUACCAGAGCAGACUUUGUGUAUUUAUAUGUUUAUAAUAAAAAAAUGUUCACAAUAAGAAAGGUCUACUGGAAGAGUUGAAUUUUUAGCACAUUCCUCUGGUCAGUAUCUGUUGUUUUAUCAGCUUGACACCUUGCUGUAUGCAUUGUACAUGUUUUGGAAAAGCAGAAUUAAUUUAAAUCCAUUUUCUUCUUGAAAACCAAAAGAAAUCACGGUCAAAUUGUGAUUUACACUGUCACGGUCAGGAUAUGUGGUAUUUUAUUUUACUCAUGUAAAAUUUAAAACUGAGCCAUGUUGGCUUUUUUUUUUUUUUUUCCUAAAAAAAAAAAAGAAAGAAAGAAA